CCACACCCCAACCACAACCGUAAUCACAUUCAUCACCCCCUCCUUCCACAUCACUCCUUAUCAAAUAUCCACAACCUCAAAAAUAAGCAAUAGCCCUCUCAUCACCAUUAGUCUCAUCUUUCUUAAGAAAGUAGAAUCUCAGUUUUGUAAUAACACAUUUUGCAAGCAAUGGCAGCCAUGAAUUCUAGUGUUUUGGCAUGCAACUAUGCUAUCUCAGGCACUGGAUCAUCUGAGCUUAAUGCCAAGAUUGUUUCCAUGCCUGCAGUUGCAUCCCUUGUUGUGUCUGGCCCCAAGUUGCCUGUGAUCAGAGCCCAACAGACUAGAGCUGAUUCUAGAGAAAUGAAAGCAAGUGAAGGAAGGAGAGCUGCAAUGGUUUAUCUUGCAGCUACCCUUUUCACCUCAGCUGCUGCUGCUUCUUCUGCCAAUGCCGGAGUCAUCGAAGAGUACCUUGAAAAGAGCAAAGCUAACAAGGAAUUGAAUGACAAGAAGAGAUUGGCCACUAGUGGAGCAAAUUUUGCAAGAGCAUUCACAGUUCAAUUUGGCACAUGCAAGUUCCCCGAGAACUUCACAGGCUGCCAAGAUCUUGCCAAGCAAAAGAAAGUGCCAUUUAUCUCAGAUGAUUUGGCUUUGGAGUGCGAAGGAAAGGACAAAUACAAGUGUGGUUCCAAUGUUUUCUGGAAAUGGUGAAGAGGGUGAGCUUUGUCUUUGAAUCUCCAUUUUCCAACAUGUAUCUAGUUUUCCAUGUAACAAAAUUUACAAUCCAUUUAUCUCUAGUUUCUCUGUGUGAUUCUCUCCUA